UUGUGCCCGAUGCCCCGGUGUCUACCUUGUCACGGUAGUCCGAUGCAUGCUCUUGACUCCCAGCCUUGCUGCCAUUAGACGCCGCCGCCGCGGACCAAGCAAGAUCAGUCCCGCGAGCGUUCAUAUCCAUUUGCGUGCGAGAUCGUCCACCGAUAUCUCGGCGCCCGCCUGCAGAUUGCGGUAUCUGAGAGUCAACGCGAAAUCAUCUCCGGCUGAUCCCCCUUUCUAUUACUGUAUUUCCCCAGAGUCAGCAGUAUAAAAUCUUCGGCGCAUCAUCCGGCGACGAUGUCUGCAUCUUCCGGCUCCGCCUCGGACCCGCUGCUCGCGCGCGCGGACGAAUCAGCCAUGGCGGAGGACAGCGCCGUCGCGGCGGUCGACCACCGCGGCCGCCCCGCCUCCCGCGCCUCCACCGGUCGCUGGAGGUCAGCGCUCUUCAUCAUAGCGGUGGAGAUCGCGGAGCGGUUCGCGUUCUACGGGGUGUCGGCGAACCUGAUCAGCUACCUGACGGGGCCGCUGGGCGAGGGGAACGCCAAGGCGGCGUCGGCCAUCAACGCCUGGAACGGCGUGGCGCAGCUGCUGCCGCUGCUGGGCGCCGCGCUCGCCGACUCGUGGCUCGGCCGCUACCGCACCAUCGUCAUCGCCUCGCUGCUCUACGUGCUGGCUUUAGGCGUGUUAGCUCUGUCGACCUUGCUCUCCUCCGGAGGCCACAAAUGCAGCAAUGCCACAGCCGGCGCGGGCACGGCCUGCCCGCCGUCCGGUCUACAGAUGGUCUUCUUCUACAUUUCCCUGUACAUGGUGGCCGUGGCUCAGGGAGGGCACAAGCCGUGCGUGCAGGCCUUCGGCGCGGACCAGUUCGACGCGAGCGACCCCCGGGAGUCCGUCUCCCGGAGCUCCUUCUUCAACUGGUGGUACUUCGGCAUGUGCGCCGGCACCGCCGUCACGCUGGUAGUGCUCAGCUACAUCCAGGACAACAUCGGCUGGGGCCUCGGCUUCGGCAUUCCCUGCGUCGUCAUGGCAGCCGCCCUCGCCGUCUUCUUGCUCGGCACUCGUACGUACCGCUACUACUACGUCUCCGGAACCAAGCAACAGAGCCUCUUUGCUCGUGCCGGCGAGGCUUUCGCCGAGUGGCGCCGGAGCAGGCAGAAAUCGACUGCUCCUCUCGCGAUCUCUGAUCCGCACCAACGCCAUCAAGCGCCUGAAUUCAGUGGGCAGGUCGAUGUGGAAGAGCAGGAUCAGGUGGUGGGCAAGGCGGACCUCGUCGAGGAAACCAAGCGCGUGCUCCGGCUGUUCCCGAUCUGGGCGACAUGCCUGAUCUACGCCGUGGCGUUCGCGCAGUCGUCGACGUUCUUCACGAAGCAAGCGGCGACCCUGGACCGGCGCGUGGGCCAUCGCGGUCUCCAGGUGCCCCCCGCGGCGCUGCAGAGCUUCAUCAGCGUUACCAUCGUCGUCUUCAUGCCCAUCUACGACCGCGCCAUCGUGCCGCUGGCGCGCCGCUACACGGGCGUCUCCUCGGGCAUCACCAUGCUGCAGCGGAUCGGCGCCGGGAUGCUGCUCUCCCUCGUGUCCAUGGUGGUGGCCGCGCUCGUGGAGACGCACCGGCUCCGGGUGGCCAUGGACGCCGGGCUGGCCGACAAGCCCAAGGUGCCCGUCCCGAUGAGCCUGUGGUGGAUGGUGCCGCAGUACGUGCUGUUCGGCGCCGCGGACGUGUUCACCAUGGUGGGGCUCCAGGAGUUCUUCUACGACCAGGUGCCCGACAAGCUGCGCAGCGUCGGGCUCGCGCUCUACCUCAGCAUCUUCGGCGUCGGCAGCUUCAUCAGCAGCGGCCUCGUGUCGGGCAUCGACAGGGUCACGGCCGCCAAGGGGCACAGCUGGUUCUCCAACAACCUGAACCGCGGCCAUCUCGACUACUUCUACUGGCUCGUUGCCGCGCUCAGCGCGCUCGAGCUUCUGGCCUACGUCUUCAUCGCCGCGACUUUCAAGUACAAGAAGAACAAGGCGGCAGCCAUUGAAACUACCGCUGGUUAGCAAUAUACACGUGCAAGCUAGGCAUUGUAUAGAUGAAUUGAGGGUGUACUAGGUACAUGCUUGCAUUUUUGGCAUUGAAAGUGGCAAGGGCCAAGGAGGCCCACACAUAGAUGCUCUCUCGUAUAGUUCCCGUUCACAUCUCCGGCACGUCUACAUAUCGGCACGAUCACCUUCACAUCGCGUCUCAUCACCGAGGAGGAUUUUGUAGGAACAUGGAUUUAUAUUGUAGAAAUAUAAACACAAAUUUGUAAGUUCCUUCCUUUGAUCCAGUAAAAAGUGUCGUGGUUUAGUACAACUUUGUACUAAAAUUGUAGUAAACCGACUACACUUUUUAUGAAUCGGAGAGAGUACUGUUUCAGCAAAUUUUAACUAGCAA